AUGAAGGUAGUGUCUGUACAGUCGCGCACAGUCGUCGACGUGCCCGAUGUAGCACCUCCCCCUUAUGCAAUUCUGUCGCACACCCGAGACGCUGUCGACCAAAAGCGCCCCUCACAAACCAACGUCUCUGUUGGCCUUGGUCCUGAUGACGAUGCCCCUCCACACUACUACUCGUCGAACCCUGCCUCCCCACCCAUCUACACCAAAAGUCGUCCUUGUGCGUUCAGCAUCAGCACCAACAAGAAGACUCAGUCUACCCUGUCCAGGGAACAGCUCGAGCAGGCUUGUGAACAUGCUCGUCGAUGCGGCGUCGAGUACAUCUGGAUCGCCGAGCUCUGCAUCGACAGGACAUCCAGUGCCGAUCUCGAUGAUGCCGUCAACGGAUCCCGCCGCCGACUGCGCAACUCCACCGUAUGCUUCGCCUACCUCCAUGACCUCCCGGCCGAGGUAACAACACCCGACAGCGACUCGUCCGCAUGGAGCCGCUGUCGGUACUGGAAGCGCGCUUGGACGCUGCAGGAGCUGCUCCUCGCCCCGCGCGUGCAGUUUUAUGAUGCCUACUGGAACUACCGCGGCGACAAGGACUCCCCCGAGCUAGCUCCUCUGCUGUCUGGCAUCACGCGCAUCCCUCGUAGCGUUCUUCUAGACAGCACGACACUCUCCGAUGUUGCGCUGGCGGUGCGAAUAUCUUGGUCGGUCGGUCGGGUCGCCGCACGGGAGGAGGAUACGGCGUAUGCCCUCGUUGCCAUCACCGAGGCAACACUUCCCGUCCGCUACGGCGAAGGCGCAGAAAGGGCAUUCAUCCGUUUACAGGAGGAGCUUUUGCGGGAUACGCGCGACGGAUCGCUGCUGGCAUGGCGAAGCGCGCGCGAUGGUGAGGUCCGCGGCUUGCUCGCCCGAUCACCUUCCGAGUUUGGACACUUUGCGCCGGCCGCUGCCAAGGAGCUACAGAGGCCUUGGGUCUUCAAUGGGAAGGUGCGCUUCAGCAGCAAGGGCAUCGAGCUGGAGUCGAGGGUCUGCAAGGGGCCCGGGUGCGUGCUUCUAUCUAUCGGGCAGAAGCGGCAGGACCUGGGCACGAGCCACAGCAUUGCCAUUUGCUUCCGCGAGUGGAACGGUGUCUACGUUCGGGUCACACCAGCGUCGCGCGUCUCCUCCUCUGCGCUGCGCUGCUGGCGCUCGAUUGACGUGAUGCGCGACGUCGACGACAGCCACUCGCUCUCGCUCCGCAACCUGUUCAGCAGCAUGCCGUGCCGCAUAGAGAUUGCCAAACGAGGCGGCUACGACGAGACCUGGCGACAGGCACGGAUGCCUCGCGUGGUACAGGACGCAGAGGAGGAGGGGGGGGUUGCACAGCAGCAGGAUGAGGACCCAGACACGGACAUGAAGAUGGAGAGUGACGAAGUGAUGCUGGACCUGACGCCUCAGAAGAGUCACACACCACCCUCCAAUCACUCCGACGGCAGCUACGUGCAUGUUGCCAUGGCCGGAUCCUGGAUGCCCCAGGACGCACACCACACAACCUUCUCUCCUCAACAGCAACAGCAACACCAGCAACAGCACACCCAAGACCACGAUACGUACUCUGAUAUUUGUGUUGACGACGACGGUAUAUCCUCUGCCGAUAGCGACCCUGGAAGCAUGACGUCCAACAGUGCCGGUGCCAGCGCCAGCGUGAGCGAGUCCGACUGGGACGAUGACAACAGCGGCCGUGGCCACCCAUACCCGACGAGACCGUCCGGCGAGGUCGACGAGGACGACGCAGACGCUCUCGCCACCGAGACGCGCAGCACCACGACCCUCGCCGCCGACAAGGAUGACGAUCAUCCCGACAGCAGCAGCAGCCUGAGAAACCUUGUCAUGCAGCCCGCCAUCCGAGAGCAGGUCCUGCAGACCUCAUAUGAGCGCGUCCGGCGCUGGAUCUCCACCGUCUGCUACAUUGCGCCGCCCGAGGACCGUCUCCCACCUCGAAGCCGCAUCAACAGCACCGCCUGGUUCGCGUCGCCCGAGUCCCUCACUUUGCUCAACAGCACCAGCGGCGCCAACGCCCCCCGUGAGCAGACGGUGCGCAUGUUUCGCCCAGACGGCUACUUUCACCUCGCGUGCCCCUUCUUCGCCGCCGACCCGGAGGGCCACCGCUCGUGCGUGCUCGAGGGCCGCGACCUGCAAAACGUCGCGGCCGUGCUGCGGCACAUCCGCGAGCACCAUCCCUGGCGGGCGUACUGUGCGCGCUGCCACCGCGACUUUGACUCCCCCGAGGUGCGCGACGCGCACAUGGCCGAGCGGUCGUGCGAGGCCGUGGGCUACCCCGCACCCCAGGGGGAUGCCUCCCGCAAGGGUGUCAGUGAUGACGAGGUGCGCCAGCUGCGCAAGAUGGACCUGCGACAUAGCCACGAGGGCGAGGCGGAGCGCUGGCGCCGCAUCUACUGGGAGCUGUUCCCUGAUCUGUGGUACGGCGACGAGGAGGAAUAUGAUGAGGAGGGCGACGAGGAGGAGGAGGGGGCAGAGGCUAAGGACCAGAUGGUCGACGAAGCCGCCUUGGACGACAACAUGGACGGCGACGAAAAUUCCAUUCUGGAUGAAGACUGCGACCCGUACCUGCGCACAGGCAACGGCUAUGCCGUGUCGCUCGUGCACGACUUUUGGGCCCAGCACAGGAGGGAGUGCGUGGCGGCCGCGCUCGACGCGUGCGGCCACGACAUUGACGAGCUACAUGACGACGAGGCCCUCAAGGCACUCUACCAGGCGACGCUCAAGGAUCUGAUCAGCAAGAUCUAUCACGAGUACCACUUGGAUGGACAGGCGGCCUAA